AAGGUAAAAAAAGAAAGCACUUUAGACUGAUGCCGGUGGUUCUUUCCGUUAAUAGCGGUCUCAACUGCCGUGCCCGAUACUCCGAGGUGACAGUGUCUCUGCCCGGACAACGUAAUCCCAACUGUUCCUCAGCUCUAUACGAAACCUCUUCUUUGUCGUUUUUCAGAUUUGUAUUGGUAUAUUGUGACUACGAACCCGGUCACUCUCACUCCCGUUUUUAUAUUCUUCAAUCUCUAUCACUUUCCGGUUUUGAAAAACAGAUUUCUCCAAACUUUGAAGGCUGAGUUCGGUUGGUGAGGAUACUAGAAGAAGAAUACAGGUGACCUCAUGAGUCAUGAUUGAGGAUACUAUAACCCGUACCGAUCUGGGGUAAUUCUAAUCUACUCAUUCUUUCUCGGGAAAAUCAUGAUUGAGUUUUUUUUUUUUUGCUUGAUUUGGCCAAUGGGCACCCUCAGCUACUCUUGCUCUAGUUGAAACCCAAGUCGAAGCUAUCUACCUACUUGUGAUAUCUUGAUUUCUCACAGGUUAUCUUACUAAAGAAAUGGGAUCGUGUACGUCUUUAGUAUCAAAACAUGUUUACGCAUGUAUUAUGUAUAUUUCCGUGGGGUUUUUUUAUUUGGAAGUUUCUUGGUUGAUGCGUGACUACUCCACUUGAGCACUAUUAGCUUUUCUUGUUUUGGUUGAAAAAUCCUGUAGAACUUGUCUCCUAUUUGUGAUUCUUGAAUCUGUUGCCUGUAAUCUUACUUUUAGAAUCGAAUAUUUCAAUCUUUGCUAUCUUUUGUCGGAAGGUUUUUUAUAUUUGAGUGUAGAUUUCCUCGUUUGAUUUACUUACUUCAAAGUAGCAUUUGUUGGGGGUUAGACAGAGAUGGCAAUAGCUAGGUUGGGUCGCCAAGCAAAACGCCCAUAUGGGUUAGGCAUAAAGAUGGCUGCAGUGAUCAUCUUGGGUCUCUGUUUCAUCUUUGUGUGGUCUAUGUUUUCUUCUUCCUCCUCUUCUGUGGUUACUCAAAGGGAAAGUUUCGAUGACAUUGCCGAACCCGUGUCAUCAAAUGCAAGGACAAGCAGUUCUGGUACUCAGUCCAACAAGAAGGGAGUGCAAAAUCAUGGAUUGAGCAAGGAAGAUAAGAAGGAGAAAGUUGAGCCUGAUUUGGGUAGGAAGGAUGAGAAAAAGGUUAACGGGUCUGUGGCUUUAGUUGUUAAGGAGCAUAAGCCUGCAAAAAAGGAUGGCAAAGACGUAGCUACGGAGAAAAAAGGGAAACAUAUAAAGGAAGUUGAUGAAGAGAAUGAUGUGUCAAAGGAUUCUGAGGGUGAAAAUUCAAGUAAAGAAAAGGAGGACCAAGAAGAAGAGGAAGUAGUAGAUGGUAAGGAAGAAGGGUUGGAUAUUGAAGGUGAAGAAAAUGGGGACAGAGAAGGAGACAGUGACUUAGUUGAACCAGUGGAUCAGGAAUUUGAGAAGUUGGAAGAUGAAAGUGAUGAGUCAAGGAAGAGGGGAAUGGAGAGAAAGAUAAAAGGUCCUUUGUUUGAUCCUAAAUUGCAUUAUACUUGGAGAUUGUGUAGCACAAGGAGCAAGCACAAUUACAUUCCUUGCAUUGAUAUUGAAAGUGGCACGGGAAAGCUGCAGAGCUAUCGGCAUACGGAGAGGAGUUGCCCAAGAACACCUCUGAUGUGUCUUGUUCCUCUAAUCCGUGGUGGUUAUGGGUCGCCAGUGCGCUGGCCUGAGAGCAAAUUGAAGAUACUGUAUAAGAAUGUCGCACAUCCAAAACUUGCUGCAUUUGUUAAGAAACAUAGUUGGAUGGUUGAGUCUGGAGAAUAUCUUACUUUUCCUGAAGACCAGUCUGAUUUCAAGGGUGGAGUUGUUCAUUACCUCGAGUCUAUUGAAGAGAUGGUGCCAGACAUUGAAUGGGGAAAGAACAUCCGGGUGGUGCUGGACAUUGGAUGUAAAGAUUCAAGCUUUUCAGCUUCUCUUCUUGAUAAGGAGGUACUGACAUUGUCACUAGGCUUGAAGGAUGACCUGGUGGACCUAGCCCAGGUUGCCCUUGAGCGUGGUUUUCCUGCAAUAGUUAGCCCUUUAGGAACUAGACGGCUUCCUUUUCCUAGUGGUGUAUUCGAUGCUAUUCACUGUGGUGGGUGUGGCUUGGCUUGGCAUUCCAAUGGGGGUAAGCUUCUUCUAGAGAUGAAUCGGAUUUUAAGGUCUGGUGGAUACUUUAUUUUGUCAACUAAACAUGAGAGCAUUGAAGAAGAAGAAGCUAUGUCCAGAUUAACAGCAUCUAUUUGUUGGAAUAUUCUGGCUCAUAAAACUGAUGAAGUCAGUGAAGUUGGUGUUAAAAUAUAUCAGAAGCCUGACUCAAAUGACAUAUAUGAAUUGAGAAGGAAGAAAAAUCCACCUUUAUGCAAGGAAAAUGAAAAUCCAGAUGCAGCCUGGUAUAUUCAUAUAAGGACAUGCCUGCACAGAAUUCCAUCUGCAAUUGAACAACAUGGGACAGAGUGGCCUGAGGAAUGGCCCAAGAGGCUUGAAACUUAUCCAGACUGGAUGAAUGAUAAAGAAAAAUUGACUGCAGACACCAACCACUGGAAAGCUAUAGUUGAAAAGUCCUAUCUUACUGGAAUUGGUAUUGACUGGUCAAAUAUACGGAAUGUGAUGGACAUGAAAGCCAUCUAUGGAGGAUUUGCUGCAGCUCUCUCUCGACAGAAGGUUUGGGUGAUGAAUGUAGUCCCUGUCCAUGCACCAGACACUCUUGCUUUCAUUUAUGAACGUGGGCUUGUGGGCGUCUACCAUGAUUGGUGUGAGUCUUUUGGUACUUACCCAAGAUCGUAUGAUCUUUUGCAUGCUGAUCAUCUCUUCUCACGGCUCAAGAACAGGUGUAAGCAGCCAGUAUCCAUCGUGGCCGAGAUGGAUCGUAUUCUGCGGCCAGGAGGUUGGGCUAUUGUACGUGAUAAGGUUGAGAUAUUGGAUCCAUUGGAAGGCAUAUUGAGAAGUUUACACUGGGAAAUCCGAAUGACUUAUGCUCAGGAUAAGGAGGGUAUCCUCUGCGCAAAAAAGACCAUUUGGAGGCCUUAAAAUCUCUAUUUAUGCAGCUUGUGACAGCAUGAUCUCAUCAAAUUCUAGUAGACAUUGCUCGGCCCUCUUUUACGAGAGCACAUGGUGAAAGUCUUCUCGGCUCCCUUUGUAGCAAAACAACGGAUACUGAUUCUUCAUUUUCUGUGUGAAGUGAACCAUACAGAUUCUUGAUUUUUUUUUCUUCUUCUUCUUCUUCUUAAUAUGAACACAAUGAAUGUGACCAUGUUAGAUUUUUCUUGGCUGUUUCUCAUUCUAUUUUGGCCCCGCAGCGUAAAGAGGAACAAUAGGAGGGGUUUUGCAACCCAUGGGGUUUUAUUUUUGGAUGGAUCUCAUGUAUUAGAAUAUUGAUUAGAUGAUAAAGCUUAUCAUUUUCUA